CAUCACACUUUCUCUAGGGUCACAGUUACUAAAACAAAACAUGUUGAUUUUCUGUUCUCUGCUAUAGAUCACUCUGAACCAGAACUCUCCAUCUUAUUCUCAGCACAUGAACCUGACUCAGCGUCAGUAUCACUGCAGUGUCUCGUGACUGGACUUGUCCCGUAUCAGGUGCGCGUGUUCUGGAUGAUUGGAGAGAAUGUGCUCUCUGGAUGGACUGAGUCCGGCUGGACAGACAACACUGAUUCUGCUAGAGAAUUCACACGGGCUCAUCUCUCUGUUUCUGCAGAGGAGUGGAAUGAAGCUGAUGGAAUUCACUGCUUUGCUGAAUAUAAUGGCAAAAACAUCUCCAAAGCUCUGGUGCGAAGCGGACCUGAACCUGAAAUCUUCUCAUGGCUUGUGUACACCAGCUGUGUGGCAGCGCUCCUUACCAUAUUUCUAACCGUUAUUAUGUCUGUGGGAUUAUAUCGAGAUAUGUUGAUGACCAAAAAAUCCAGACGGCUCACAAGAAAAGAUGCCCACCGCAAACCUUCAUAUGGUAAACAGAACACACUGAGAGAAGAGGGUUCAUCUGUUAUAGUAAGAGACAGAAAUGAAGAUUGUGAAUAUUGAAGUGGAUCACUAAUGUUUUUUGUUUGUUUGUUUGUUUUCUGUCUGUUUCUGCCAUUUCAGAACAACUAGUUAAAUAAUAAACAAUCUUCAAAUAUGUAUCAUACAAUAUGAACACGGUUUGAUGUAGUAAUAUUUAAUUUAUUGACAAAAAAGUUGUAAGUACAUGGUUAAUGAAGCAAUCUAUGUUUAAUAAAACUUAUUUGAGAUGUGA